AUGCGUUUCUUUCAUUUAUUCCCCACUUUUAUCUUUUUCUUUCGAUUAAUUACGUUUUUUCUCUCUUUGUGUUUUCUAUUUUCCUUCUAUUCAUUUUAUUUCUCAUUUUGUUUUUUUCAUUCUUCAUUUCUUUUUCACUUUUUUAUUUCCUUCUUUUUGGAUAUUUCUUUCAUCCCUAUAUGGAUUAUCGUCUGUAAGUGUACGUCCAUUUUACUUCCUUUAAUAUGUUUACAUUUCUAUUUCUCUUUCUUUUAUUCCUUCUCCAUUUUUUUUCUUUCCAUUUCUUUCUUUCUUUCAUUUUCUUUUCCGAUUCUUUCUGAUUUUCGUUUUUCUGUUCUUUCUUCUUUCUUUCUUUCAUUUCAUUAUUUCUUUGAAAUUUUUUUUUCUAUAUUUUGUUUACGUUUUUGCCUUUUAAUUUCGCUUUCAUUUUUCCCUUGUUUUUCAAGUUUCUUCCGAAUUUCUCACUAUUUUUCUAUCUUUUUUGUCUUUCUUUCUUUAUUUCUUUCUUUCUUCUUUAUUUCUCGCUAUUCUUUCUUUCACACUAUCUCUCUUUCUUUCUUCUUUAUUUCUCUCUAUUCUUUUUUUAACGCUUUCUCUCUUUCUUCUUUCUUUCUCUCUAUUCUUUUUUUAACGCUUUCUCUCUUUCUUUCCUCUUUCUUUCUCUCUAUUCUUUCUUUCACGCUAUCUCUCUUUCUUUCUUCUUUAUUUCUCUCUAUUCUUUUUUUAACGCUUUCUCUCUUUCUUCUUUCUUUCUCUCUAUUCUUUUUUUAA